GAAUAGCUGUUGUAGGGCGCGCGCUGUACGCUGCUCGCGCAGCAGAGGGACUGCAAGUGAAUUAGGCAGGCUGCAGGCGCAAGGGUUUUGCUCUCAGAAAACACCACCCAAAUGGAAAUAAAAAGGAUCACCAGUUAACUAUGGAUACCCUUCUGGAAAUACUAAACAUGCUGCUUCUGCUCCUUCUUUCUUUGUCUGCAUCUUCCAUCUCCUCCUUUCUUGGUUAGGAUGUCACCUUUAUUAUCGGAGCCCUUUUUUUGUGGUUUGUAACAUUGGUAUUUCUGUGGACUACCGUUGCUUUUAGUAACUUGCUUUGUGCAACUGAGAGGACGGUUGUUGCAUGAGAGGGGACAUUCGAAACAAACCAGGAUCAAGGAUUAAAACAUCUGAUCCCACCACAUGAAAAAACCUGGAUCUGUUCCAUCAGUUUGACUGUUGUAGCUUAUCAUGGAUUUUGGGCAAAACGUAAGACUGAGGUCAAGAGGUAUGGUUCUGUUUCUAUACAUUGUUUGGGUCCUGAUACCAGGACAGAGCUCUGCCAUGUUUGGUAUAUUAGAUCUGCAGAUUGAUGAGGAACAGCCGGCAGGUACAAUCAUUGGGGACAUCAGUGCAGGGCUGCCACCUGGCUCUGCUGCUGGCAUGUUUUUCAUAUCCGAGCAGGAAGGGACUGGUGUCACCACAGACCUGGACAUUGAUGAAAAGUCUGGCAUCAUUAAAACUGCAAAAGUCUUGGACAGGGAAACCAGAGAAAAGUACAAUUUCAUUGCUGUCACCAGUGAUGGACUGACAGUAGAGGUGACAAUAGUAGUAAAUGACAUUAAUGAUCAUGCUCCAUUAUUUCCAAAAAGCAAGGUGACAUUUCAAAUUCCAGAGCACACGCCCAUUGGGACAAAGUUUCCUCUUGAGCCUGCAUUUGAUGCGGAUAAGGAUCAGUUCAACACACAAGGAUAUAUAAUUAAGGAAGGCAACAUUGGGCAGGCAUUCAAGUUGGAGACUAGGAGAGGGUCCAAUGAGGUCUUAUACCUAGACUUAGUGGUUAAUAACAUACUGGACAGAGAGAAGAGGUCUUCUUACUCCUUGGUAAUUGAGGCAUUUGAUGGAGGGUCUCCACGUAAAAGUAGUUUGUUGACCUUGGAUCUUGCAGUUCAAGACAUAAAUGAUAAUCCUCCUGUCUUUAACCAGAGUAGAUAUCAUGCUUUGAUCUCUGAAAACUUGCAGCCUGGUAGUAAUAUCUUGCAGGUCUUUGCAACUGAUGCUGACCAGGGAGAAAAUGGAGUGGUUAUCUAUGAAAUCAACCGUAGGCAGAGUGAUCCAGAAAAUUAUUUUGUUAUUGAUUCAAAGACAGGUAUCAUCAAGCUAAACAAAGUUUUGGAUUAUGAACUUAAGAAGGUACAUGAACUGGUUGUACAGGCUAAAGACAAUGCAACCCAUCCUGAAAUCACAACUGCAUUUGUGACAAUCCAUGUAAGGGAUUACAAUGACAACUUGCCAACAAUGACAAUUAUUUUCCUAAGUGAAGACGGAUCUCCUCAAGUAUCAGAAGGAGCACAGCCAGGGCAGUAUGUGGCUAGGAUAUCUGUAUCAGAUCCAGAUUAUGGGGAAUAUUCCAAUGUUAAUGUUUCACUUGAAGGAGGAGAUGGAAGAUUUGCCCUUACCACUAAAGACAACAUAAUUUACCUGAUCAUUGUUGCCAAACUGUUAGACAGAGAGGAACGUGAUACUUACGAACUUAGAGUUAUGGCUACAGAUUCAGGAACACCACCACUGAGAGCAGAAUCUUCAUUUGUUUUACAUGUUAUGGAUGUCAAUGACAACCCACCAAUGUUUGACCAGCAGGUAUAUAGACAAACUAUCCCUGAGGUUGUCUACCCUGGAAGUUUUGUCUUACAGGUAACAGCAAGGGACAAAGACCAGGGUCCUAAUGGUGAGAUCCAAUACAGUAUUCUACAUAAUUCAGAGACACAUUCGAACUGGUUCACCAUCGAUCCUGUUACAGGUAUUAUCACUACAGUAGCUCCUUUAGAUUAUGAAACUGAUCCCUUGCCAAAGUUAACAGUGAUGGCCACAGACGCGGGGAAGCCUGCAAUGUCUUCAACUGCAGUUGUUGAUGUCGUCCUACAAGAUGUUAAUGACAACGAGCCUGUGUUCAGCAGCAACUUCUACAAUGUUUCACUCAAAGAAAGCACGCCGGUUGGGACAUGCUUCUUGAAGGUGACCGCAACAGAUGCAGACAGUGGCACAUUUGGUUCUGUUGUUUACUCUAUUGGAUCUGGGAUUGCAAGUGUCGUGCCAACACAGUUCAGCAUUGACAAGCAAACAGGAGAGAUCUGCAGUGCACAAAGCCUGGACAGGGACGAGGGAAUCCGGAGUUAUGAUUUUACCAUAACAGCUGUAGAUGGGGGUGGCUUAAACUCAAUGGCCUAUGUGAAGGUUUUCCUGGAGGACAUUAAUGAUAACCGCCCUGUGUUUUACCCAGUGGAAUAUGCUGCUAGCAUUAGUACACAGAGCAUGCCCGGGACAGCAAUUGUUAAGGUGAUAGCUUUCGACAAGGAUGAAGGUAGAAAUGGAAGAGUAACAUAUCGUAUCAUGUCUGGCAACUCCCCACCACUGUUUGAUCUGAACAAAGAAACGGGUGUCAUAUCCCUCUCGCUGCCUUUGACAGACAAACCCAACACUGUGCGUCAGCUGGUGGUGUCAGCUCAGGAUGGUGGUGGCAUGAGUUCCCUAGUCAAUGCUAGGGUGAAUAUCAGCAUUGUACCUGGCUCAGUGUCCCCUCCGAUAUUUGAACAGACACAGUACUUCUUCACAGUACCAGAGGACAUCAGGAAAGGGGCCAGUGUUGGCAUUGUCCGGGCAGUCAGUUCAGGUCAGUCUGACAGUAUCUUUUAUUCAAUAUCUUCGGGUGAUCCAAAUGGUUAUUUCACCAUUGAUCCCAGCUCUGGGCACAUCCGUACUAACAUCCCUUUGGACCAUGAAGCGCAUCCAGUUCUGAUCUUAGACAUUCAAGCUCGUAGUGGUUCUCCACCAGCAUACAGCAAUGUCCAGGCUAGGAUCACUGUGUCUGAUAUCAAUGACAAUGCUCCUAUUUUUACAUCAUUAUCAGAGUCCAUUUUAGUGAAAGAAACAACUGAAGUUGGCUCCACUAUUUACACAGUGCAAGCAGAGGACAGGGACAGUGGUCCAAAUGGACAAGUUCAGUUUGACAUUGCUUCCAGUGGUGAAAGGGUAUUUAGCAUUGACAGGACAUCAGGCAGAAUUCGCCUAAUUCGGACCCUAAAUUAUGAGUCUGUUUCACGGUACGAUCUAAAAAUUAUAGCUAAGGACAGUGGAGUGCCCCAGCUCAGCUCUACCUUCACUCUUCUUGUGCAUGUCCAGGCAGAAAAUGACAGUGGUCCUAUUUUUGACACUCUGACUUACCGUGUGGAAGUAAAGGAAGGCACUGCUGUGAACACACGAUUCCUGCAGGUUCGUGCUCUCAGUCAAGACAAAGGAGCCACCAGUAUCAUUUAUCGCCUCCGUGCUGAUGGUGAUGCUGCAAGCUUCGGUGUUAUUCCUGACAGUGGUUGGCUGUUUGUCAAGAGCAUAUUGGACAGAGAAAGUAAAGACCUUUAUCUGUUGACUCUCCUUGCCUGCACAGGUAAUGGUGACCAAAAAAAGACAGGAACAGCAACUGUGAUGGUAACUGUGACAGAUGAGAAUGACAACGCCCCUAAACUUAGCGAGGAGCGAUACUUUGUCACGGUGCUUGAGAAUUCACAGGUGGGAACAAGCAUUGGUAGAAUUCUGGCAACUGACAGAGAUUCGGGGCAGAACAGUAAGUUAACAUACAGACUUUCACAGCCAGAUGCUAACUUCCAGAUCAAUGCCCAAACAGGUGAGGUUGCUACAAAGGUUAGUCUUGACAGAGAACACCAGUCAACAUAUAUACUAAUUGUGCUUGUGCAAGAUGGAGGCACACCACCUCGCAGUGCUACUGGCACGAUCUAUGUUACAGUUCUAGAUGAGAAUGAUAACGCUCCUGUGUUCCUACAUGCUUCCCUGGGGAGAGAACUUACAGUACAGGUGUUUGAUGGAAAGCCAUCUGGAACAUUUGUAGCAUCUCUUCAAGCAAAAGACCCUGAUGAGGGUGAAAAUGCCACAGUGUUCUACUCCAUAACAGGUACUUGGGCUGAACGUUUCACCAUCCACCCCAGCAGUGGUGAGCUGCGAACAGCUGCAGUUCUGAAACGUGCUGAGCGGGCAGAAUAUCACUUUACAGUAACAGCUAGUGAUCGAGGAUCUCCAAAAAUGAGCAGUUCAAUGUUUUUACGCAUACAGGUAUUAGGUACAUCCAGAUAUUUGCCUCAGCCAGACUCAACAGCCAUGACUUUGAAUUCUGUGGAGGGAAUGAAGCCUGGAUCCGUCAUUGGUUCUGUGGUCUCCCACGAAAAAUUACAACCUCUAAAUGGUCAUGUUACUUAUACACUUAUUGGUGGGACAGACUCUGAUGGCACCUUUGUUGUGGAUCGACAGACUGGCGACAUCUAUCUCGCUCGUGAGCUUGAUUAUGAAGAGGGUGCUCACUAUACACUACAGAUAGCUGCCGAUGAUGUUGCCAAAGGUUACCCAACCACCAAUCUUAUAGUUGUGGAUAUUGAUAUACAAGAUAGCAAUGAUCAUGCUCCCCAGUUCCUUGAAGACCCUAUCACUAUAGUAAUUGCAGAAAAUGUUGAGUUUGCGUCUUCUGUUUUCACCUUUCAGGCUACUGAUAAAGAUGGAAGUGGGCCCAACAGUGAGAUUCAUUAUUCCUUAGUCAAACAAGCUCCCUCUGAAGGCUAUUUCAUGCUGGACCCUCACUCUGGUAUCUUAAGCUUAGGUAAAACCAUUGAUCGAGAGACCACUCCUUCGCUUCUUCUAGUGGUGCAGGCAACUGACCAAGCAGUGAACGUAACUCACCGCAAGUCCUCCACAGUCACUGCUAGAGUGUUUGUGACUGAUGUCAAUGACAAUAACCCAGUGUUUUCUUCUCCUUCAUCGGUUAGUGUAAUGGAAGACCAGCCAACCGGAUUUGUGGUCCUUUAUGUUAUUGCCCUUGAUGGAGAUUUAGGUGAAAAUGGACGAGUCAGUUACCAAAUCCAGUCUGGAAAUACCAAAGGGGUAUUCAGCUUAAAUCUUAACACAGGGUCCUUGUCAAUAGUGAAGCCACUUGAUCGGGAGGAUCAGGAUGUCUACAAUCUGACAAUUAUCGCAGCUGAUCAUGGUUCACCUCGUCGGUCAGCAAUGCAGCUCCUUACUGUGCGGGUGGUUGAUGUCAACGAUGAACCUCCCAAGUUUGAAAAAGCUGAAUAUGAGGGGCAAGUCAUGGAAAACCAGCCUGCAGGCACCGCUGUGUUGACUGUACUGGCAAUUGACAGAGAUCUUGGGUCCAAUUCCAUUGUGACAUAUGGAGGAGUUGAAGAUGGAUUUGCCGUUGAUUCUGAAACUGGAACAAUUACCACUACACGACCCCUAGAUAGAGAAGUCCAGGAUAAAUAUACAAUCACAGUGUAUGCCAGAGACAGUGGAGUACCACCAAAUAUUGCCAAAGCAACAGUAAGGAUCAGUAUCCUGGAUGAAAAUGAUCACAUACCUACAUUUGAGCAGGAAUCGUACUACCUGGAUGUGCCUGAGAACCAUGAGCCUGUUACACUAUUCACACUAAAAGCUGAAGACAGGGAUGCAGAACAGAAUGGUCUGGUGGAGUAUGAGAUAACAAAUGGAGAUCCUGAUGGCCAUUUUAGUAUUGAUAAAAACUUGGGAGUUUUAUCCACAUCACAGUACUUGGACCGUGAGUCAGUAUCAGAUUAUUACCUCACUGUUACAGCAAAAGAUGGCGGACAUCCACAAAAAAGCAGCACAGUACAUGUCAGUAUUCAUGUACUUGAUAUCAAUGAUAACUUCCCCAGCUUUCCCAAGGCAUCAUACUCAGUUGAUGUUGCCGAAGAUGCUGAGAUUGGAACCAUGGUGCUGGCCUUGACUGCUGAAGACCGCGAUGAGGAAAGUAAUGGGAAGGUGUUUUACUACCUCAGUAAUGAGUCAAUGGGAAUGUUUACCAUCGACAUGGACACUGGAGAGAUAACCACGGCAGCUCCAUUAGAUAGGGAAAAGAGAGCAUCCUUUAGCUUUAAUGUCAUAGCAGUUGACUCUGCCCCAUCAGACCCUAAAAACAGCAGUGUACAAGUGACCGUGAGUAUAAAAGAUGUGAAUGACAACACUCCAUUUUUUCUACAGGACCCCUUGGUGGUCAAUAUUUCAAAGUUGACUUCAGUUAACCAGGUGGUGGCCACUAUGAAAGCCGAAGAUAAGGACUUUGGGGCUAAUGCAUCCAUUUUUUAUCGAUUUGCCAGACUGGUUUCUGGAUUCAGUAUCAAUUCCUUUACUGGGGAGAUUCGGCUGGUAAUCCCUCUAGCUUCAAUGAGUCAAACAGAGCGGACACUGUUUGUGGUGGCUUCAGACCAAGGUACACCUGCAAGGUCCUCUACUGGAGUAGUAGUAAUUUAUCUGAUGGAAGAGUCAUAUCGAGGUGUAAGGUUUGCACGAAGCACCAGAGAUGUUCAGAUACCCGAAAAUGCAGUAACAGGUACUUCAGUGGCCAGCAUUCAGGCUGAACACACAGAGGGCUCCUCAGGAAAGAUUAUGUACAGCAUCUUCAGUGGGAAUGACGAUGGUGCUUUCAGUAUUCGAUCCAGUACAGGUGACAUCUCAGUUCAGAGCUCCUCUAGUUUGGAUUUUGAGACUGCCCCAAAAUUGCGGCUAGUUGUGAAGGCAGAGGCCUCUGCAUCUUUCUCUUUCAUGGCAGUGAACCUUAACCUACAGGACGUUAAUGAUAACUUGCCUCGAUUCCAGUUGCAGAACUAUGUUGCCUUUAUAAGAGAAGCCCAAGGAUAUGAGGCACCAAUUAUACAGGUAUUAGCUGAUGACCCAGAUCAGGGACAGAAUGGUCAGGUGACAUAUGCUAUCCAAUCAUCACCUACUAGAGAUCUCUUUAGGAUUGAUUCUCAAACAGGAGCCAUAACAACAACAGCUAUUAUGGAUCGAGAAAUCUGGCCUAAGACAAGGUUGGUAGUGACUGCAACUGACCGGGGGACUCCACGAUUGGUAGGAACAGCCACACUUACGGUAGUAGUGAUGGACCUGAAUGACAAUAGUCCCACAAUUCCACUGCCACGGGAUGUUCAUAUCCCUGAGAACGCACUGAUGGGUACAGAAAUCAUGCAGGUGACAGGAAAUGAUGUAGACAGUGGUCCUGCUCUCUCUUAUGUGCUACUUUUGGACUCUAGCUAUGUGGGAAUGUUCAGCAUUCAUCGUUAUGGUGGUAGGAUCACACUUACUGAGCCCCUCGAUUUUGAAGAAAGGAAUUUAUAUAUACUUACCAUCUUGUCAUCAGAUUCAAAACACAGCACUGCAGCAAACUUGACCAUCGUAGUCGAAGAUAUCAAUGACAACCCUCCUGUCUUCUCCCAGGACCUUUAUCAGGUUUCUCUGCUUGAGCACACCCCAGUUGGAAGUCCAGUCGUCACAGUAACAGCCACUGACCGAGACUCUGGUAACUACGGAAUGGUGACAUACCGUGUGGUGUCAUCACACAAGGAUGAAUUUUAUAUUGACCCCAAAAAUGGUACCCUUUUUACAAACAAGAUCAUAGAGUUUGAUUUUAGGCGACCAGCUCUGGAUGUAGUAAUUGAGGCUGUGGAUGCUGGCACACCUAGUCUUAGCGCAUUCACUACCGUGCAGAUCCAAGUGCAAGAUGUUAAUGACAAUGCCCCUUCUUUCCACCAAACAAGAUACACCACCUCCGUCAUGGAGGACAUUUUACCUGGGACGACCAUUCUUACUAUUGAGGCAGUAGAUGAAGACCUGUCACGAGAUAAUGGUGGAUUCGAUUACACCAUUAUCAGUGGCAACCAAGGCAAUGUAUUUCAGAUGGAGAGUAGUGUCAGACUCAUUGGUGGUCGCUUUCAGACUGUGGGAACUCUAAUACUGAUUGACAAACUGGAUUUCGAGACAGUGGCAUUAUACAAUUUGACUAUUGCAGCUUCUGACAGAGGCAUGCCACAAAAGAGUUCAACAGUACAGGCAGUAAUAACAGUUCUCGAUGUGAAUGACAAUGCACCUCUGUUCAGCAGUACUGAGUACAAUGUGGCAGUGAGUGAAAUCGCACCAAUUGGAACAGAAGUCGUCCGUGUAAUGGCACAUGAUGCUGAUUCCAGUGCAAAUGCUCUAAUACAUUACACCAUCAGUUCUGGAAAUGAGGGUGGUCUUUUUCAGAUCAGUGAAAUGACUGGCUCAAUACGACUUGCUCGUGGACUUGAUAGGGAGACUCAAGCAGCACACAUUGUGAUAGUACAAGCCUUUGACAGUCAAAAUACUCUCAGCAACUUUGCCCUAGUUCCUGUAUUGAUAGAAGUUAAAGAUGUAAAUGACAACAAGCCAUACUUUCCCAUUGAAUCACUAACUACCAGCAUUAGGGAAAACCGUCCCCCAAACACCUUAGUUUCAAUUAUCAAUGCCAUUGAUUCAGACACAGGUAUUUAUGGACAGCUCCAGUACUUUAUUAUUGAACAGCCAGCCACUGAAUUGGCUGGAGGUGAAAAAAAAGAAGCUUUUACAAUGAACCAAACAUCAGGAGAACUGCGCACAAGACUCACCUUUGACUAUGAAAGAAUAAAACAAUUUAGGCUGAUGGCAAAAGCAGUGGAUGCUGGUAAUUUUUCAGCUACUGUAACAAUUGAUGUUUUGGUUAUAGGUGAAGAUGAAUAUGAUCCUGUUUUUCUGGCCUCAGCCUUCCAUUUUGAGGUACCAGAAGGUGCUAAGAAAGGACAAAGUAUUGGCCAAGUAAAGGCCACGGAUGAAGAUGAGGGACCAGAUGGUAUAAUUUUGUACUCAUUUGUAAAGCCUUCUCCGUACUUUGGUAUUAAUGAAACAACCGGGUUGAUAUAUCUCAGAAUGGACAGUCAGAGGCAUCACAGUGGGCGAUCAAAGAGAGAAACAAGAGAGAUGACUCUAGAAAUACAGGCUCAUAGCCCACUGCCAGCUUCCAGAACUGCCACAACGCUGGCCACAAUUGACAUUACUCACACAUCUUUUGGUUUAAUACCUAACAUGAACUUGCUACUAGUUAUUGCUAUUGCAGCCUCUCUGGGAGUUGUCGUAAUUCUGGCAGCCAUCGCCAUCAUACUAGCAGUAGUUCGGUCUCGAAGAAAGGCUAAGAAGAGAGCAGAAGCAGCUUCUCAGCUCACCAGCAUUCAGGGGGCUACCAUGCAAAAAAUGGGGAGAGAAGAAAGCAGUUUGCCUAGUGCUGAUCACAUCUACCAUCAGACACUGCCAGGCUACUCAUCAGACCAAUCAGUAGUGAGUGGCAAUUAUGCCAGAGGUGGAUCGUUGGACCCAUCUCAUUCUAGUGGCCGAGGCUCAGCUGAGGCAGAGGCUGCAGAAGAUGAUGAGAUUCGAAUGAUAAAUGAGUAUCCACGUGUGGCCAGCAUCACUUCAUCAAUGCAAGACCACAUUUCCACAAGAGGGCCAGAUUCUGGCAUCCAGCAGGAUGCAGAUCAGAUGUCAGAUAUUUCUUGUGAUCAAGGUAUGGACACAAGUCAGUGGUUCAAGAAUAAAAAGGGACCUGUCAACUUGCUAUUGCCAGGGCAACAUCAGAUCUACAGAGAUGAGGGUGGGGGUUAUGCACUUGGGGUCAGCAGUGGGUUGAAUGUGUCCCAUACAAAGGAGUACAAUUUUCCAGAAGAUGGUAAACCAUCCGUGGAUGGUUCCCUUACAGCCAUUGUUGCCAGUGAUGAGGAAUUACGUGGCAGCUACAACUGGGACUACUUGCUGAACUGGUGCCCUCAGUUUCAGCCACUUGCUAGUGUUUUUACAGAAAUUGCCCGUUUGAAGGAUGAAAAUGCUCCAAGGAAACCAUUCCAGCCUAAGCCAAAAGCAGAACCAAAGCCAAGAAUCGAUCCACCACCUCUGAUUACAUCUGUAGCACACCCAGGGGCAAAGUCAGUACCCCCAAAGCCAGCCAUUGGAAGGACAUUCCCUCACCUAGCUACAUUAAGGCGCUCUCCUAUUAGCCAUGAGGGCUCCAUAUCAUCUGCAGCUAUGUCACCAAGUUUUUCCCCUUCUUUGUCCCCUCUAGCUGCCAGAUCACCUGCAGUAUCUCCAUUUGGGGUCAACCAAGGCCCUUCUGCCUCUAUGAUUAGUACAGAACACUCACUGGACAAUCCAGAGGAGGCAGAACUGAGAAUUUAACCACUAGACUUUAGGAUCCAUCUAUCUUAUUUAAUAAAAUGUCAGAAUUUUUUUUAAGUGUACGUAAAAAAAAAAGCAUCUCUCAGUUUCAGGCAAUUACCUCUGGGUGUAUGCUGUCAGUAAAAAAAAUGAGUUUGCGGUACCUCUCUACUACAAAGUGCUGGAAAACAAAACUUAAACGACAAUGGAUGAGUUGAGAUUCUGCAAAAGAAGUGCUGUCUGAAAAUAAUACAGGCAAAUAGACUCUGAACCAGAGACUGGAGCCAGAGUGGAGGUGUUGUAAUUCUCAAACAUCCUCAUGGAUGAUUUGCUGUCUGUUAAAAAUAUAAUUUGGAGCAUAAUGUAUUCACAUAUACACAGCUGGAUGUGCAUUUCUAGUCAGGUACAUAACAUUUUGAAUUUAUGAAACGAUGAAAAUCGAGCACAUCUCUUGUGUGCAUAAAUUGAGCAAAUGUUUGACAUUAUUUUAAUAGGGGUAGAUAACAUGCAGCCCAUUUUCUUAUGCUCUUCUGUUGAUUACUUGAAUUAUGAUUCUCCCCUAUAUGGCUAUUUUUUUAAAUGAUUUCCAGGUUUGUACAAUCAAAGCCAAUAUGCAGGAAUAACUGUGAUGUGUUUUGACUAUACAUUUGCUAUGAAACAUUUUAAAUUAUACUUUACCCCUUUGAUUUCCUGUUCCACAGAACAGCACUCAGGCAACAGCUGUUUGUGGAAAUCAUGAGGCAUAACGAAGCUCCAGGCAGACCUUGAUGAUGUAAUCACUGUUUAUAUUUGGGAUGUAUUCUCUUUGGAAUUUUUGGGGUGGUGGCAGGCACGGUAUAUCAUAUGAUCUUAGCUGCUGUGUUAAUUACACAUCUCAUUAGAUGAAGAUGUUUCUGAGAUUAGGAAUGUAGUACAUUUUUGCUGGUUUUCCUGAUCUUCCUUUGACAGUUUCAGUAUUAUCUGAGUUGUGAUUCAGAAGGACAUGAUUUUAAAGAAGACAUGUCCAGUUCAGAAAUCCCCAUUCAAAACAAUAUGUUCGACACAUCUGGCCAAGGUCCAAUAUUUUAUAAUUUGUAAUUUGUAAACAGCACUGUAGAUAUUGUACUAGAAGAAUGCAACAUUAACUGGGUAUUACAUUUUUAUUUAUUUUAAUUUAUUUCAUCAAUUUCAUGACGUUGGAUGGGGAACGGAGUCCUUGCAGGGUCAUUUCCAUGCAUGGAUUGGGAAACUAGAAAUCUACAGAAGAAUUUGCAAAUGUAUAAACAGCAAGUAGUUACCCCCACCACGGAAGACCAACGAGGAGCUAACUAUCAGUGCAGCUAUUGUUACACAAGAAAAGACUCCCCAAGCAAAUAACAAAAGCAAAAUCAUUAAGUGUAUUUUGACUAUCUAAAGAUUGCCCUUUAUGGCUAGCUUAAAUAAAUGGAACGUAGUUUAGAAACUUCAUAUUCUAAUAAAACAGUAAGAAACAAUGCCAUUUACUGUGACAUGCACAUUGAGAAGGAAUGUCUGUAGCCUGGAAGACUUAUAGUUGGUCUGGAUAGGAUGCACUUUGAGAGGCAGUGUUGAAGCCCAAGAGAUGGUCUGGAUAGAAUUUACAUUGAGAAGAGUGUUUGAAGCCCAGAAGUUUUGUAGUUGGAUAGGAUGUACAUUGAGAGACAGUGCUGAAUCCCAGAAGUAGGUUUUGGAUAGGGCGUAUAUUAAGAAAGACAGUUUGAAGUGCAGAAGUGUUGUAAUUGGCCUGGAUAUGGUGUACAUUAAGACAAAGUGUUGAACCCAGAAGCUGGUCUAGAGAGGGUGUUCAUUGACAAAGACAGUUUGAAGCCUAGAAGUUUUGUAUUUAUUCUGGAUAAAAAGUGACUCAUACUUUCCAGAUCUGGCGUAUAGUAUGGAAAUGUCUGGCUAUUUUGAGCAAAUUUUGCAAUGUACAUUACAAGAAGAAUGAAAGAAACUUGGGCCUCUGUAGCAGCACAUGUGCAUGAAAGUGUGUUUCCAUGUAGUUAUUCCAUUGCAAGUUAGCACUUCAGGAAAACUAAGUAUUUGAAUUGUGCUACUCUUUUCAUAAAAUAGAAACCAUUUUUGUGAUGCAUUAGUUGAUUCCUUUAUAGGAUUAAUCAUUGAUGAGUGCUUGUUUUUCAACUUUGUGAGGCACUUGAUCGGCACGCAGUAGUCUUGUUAUACCUUACAAGUAAUGUAUGGCCUAACCUAUGUAGCCAUUUUGAGUUAAAUAUUCUCCUCCAGGUCUGCAGUAAAGAAGCUAGUGAAUGUGUUAUAGAUCUGAUGAGUCUGUUUGCUAGCAAACAGUUCACAUUAGGUGGUUUUCCUGGGAUUCAUUAAGAAAGAUUUAAGCAGGAGGGCUAUAUUGUGAAAGUGAGAUGGUAUUCAGGUUAGAAGGAAGCUGUUCUUUCCAUGCUGGAAGCAAAGAGUUAUCUUUCCAGUAAGUUAAUCUCCGAAGAUACUCUCAGAUGAUAGGGGUAACGCAAUACUGGUAACCAACUGUCUGUUGGAAGCCCUGCUAAGCACCAAAGGAUUAGACUCUGUAUCCUAUUAAAAAUUAUUACUUUUGUCUUACAUGAGGAAAUCCCAGUACAGGUCAGUCUGUCAAAGUGGUCUACUAGAUGUAACUGUUCACUUUCCCUCCUCAUGACUGAUAUUUACCCUGCAUGUACUUAAGAGGGUACAGUCUGUAUUCUAAUGAAGCUGUGAAAUGACUUUAUUUCAGAGAAACUUAAAGAUCCUGUAAUUGUAAAUCUGGACACUAUUUCUGUUAAACCUAGGGAAAGAAUUCUGUUCUUGACCUUACACUAGAAUCUAGAAAAUGUCUUCCAUAAAAAUCUGCCCUUUAUUUAUAUUAAUAUGUCUUUUUUUAAAUGUUCUGUUUUUUUUUUAAUUUUAAAAUAGAAGUACUGGUUGAAGUAUUCAUGCCUAGAAACUAUAGUAGUACAGAAUAAAACUAGAACUACAGUCUGUACAACCACCUCUUAACAAUCCAUGCACUAAAUGCAGAUCUUCUUUAUUCAGUGGCCAUCCUGGUCAUCCAGGCAGUAUAUUUAAAUAUGUCUUAUUUUUUCAGGCCGUACAAUGUUGCUGUCUUUCAUACACUCAACUAGUUAUGAUUUUUGUAUUUCUGCACCUUGGGUGUUAAAAGUUUUCAUUCUGUAAAGUAAAAUAUGCAAACAAAAUACCUUGAUAAGAAAGGAAGACAUAACACGAUCUCCAUGGGGACAGUCAUAGCUGCUUAAACCCUUAGAUAUAGAGAAGAGGGUUGCUUCAUUCUAAGACUACAGACUGGAAUGGCUGUUUUCAUUACAGUUUGCCAUGUGGAAGGAAAACAACGUGAGACGACCUUCUGACAUAGGCUGAAAUAUCAUCACCCCUCAGAAGAGCAUCACUGCUUCAAGUCGAAGCUUAAGUCAAACAAAGUCGUCAGCAGAGCUGACACAGAUAGUUACAGACUUUGUUUUAGUUGUGUUUGUAUAAUUUAUGUUGUUUGUAGGAAUUGCUUUUAAUUUUUAUUUUUAUUUCACAGAUAGAAACUGCAUUUAAAUAUUUCCCAAUGGCACCAAGAUUAAAUUGUAAUGGCUAUUAAAAGUGUUAUCUUGUAAGUUUUUCAGUGAAGUCGUUUAAACUUCAGUAGCCACAUAGGACCAUAUCAGUAUUACUGCUGCUAUUUAUUUUCACUGAUUAAAAAUGAUCAACUAUAGUUUACUGCAUCCAGCUCUAUAGAUACCAAGCUGUCCACCAAAACUGCUUUCUGGUGGGACCCUUUUUGUGUACCGUGUAUUAAAGACUAAACCGACAUAGUUCUGUACUUGAUGAGGAGUAGAACAUGCUGCUUGUGGCUACGAUAAAUGAUACGUCAUAUUCCUUAUGCAAUGUGAGAUGAGCUGUAAGAAAUGUUGAAGAGUUGCAUUGUACUAUGAUACUGCAUUAUUACAGCAGAUUGCUGCUAAAUAUUUUGAGUAAACAGCUCAGACUGUUUUUUUUUAUCAGUAGUCCAUUUUCUCCUACAGCAUAUCAUGUUACUUAUUAGUGUAUUACUUCUCAUACAGGUUAUCAUCUUUACUGGAAGUAUGGGUAGAGGUACACAAAAACAGAUUUUAAGCUAAAGCAUGAUAAAAAAUGGACAUCAAAUCAUACAAUCACGAACAAAAUGUGUUGUAAGAUAUGUUUGUAUUUUCUAGGUACUGCUGAGGUUAUAUAGAUGACAAGACCUGAUCUUGUUAUAUAUGUUUUGUGCUGUCUUUAGUGAUCAGUCUCACAGCAGGGGUGAUUUAUUUCCGUUUUGUCAGUAUAUGAUUGCCAGAGAUGUCAAUGUAGCAUUAAUAUAAAAUUGGAAAAAGAACAAAGGAGAAUGAUGUCGUUUGGGCAACAUUAAAUGAAAGACAAGCACUAACAGACUAUCCUGAAUCUCAGUAGACUGAAGUUACUAUACCAAAAUGAGAACAAAGGCCAGUGGGCAAUUUUUUAUGGGGAAGCAAGCCUUCCUCAGCUUACAUCCAUGUCUCCAUCCUUACACCCAUGUGGAGGCUUUGUUCUAUUCAUUGUAUCAUUAUUUUCUGACCAUUGUGAGAAAUGGGGGUAUUUUGUAUCCUUGCAAUAUAUUGUAUUCAACUUUCUUAAAGAUAGUAUAGUCCAAGAAUGGGAGUGAAAAGUGCUUAGUGCACAUAGGUUUGGGCUUGCUCUUUGCGAAAACACAAGCAGCUACUGUUGUGUCAGUUUGACAUAGCAUUUGCAGUCUGCAGAUUUGCAGGAUAAGUCCUACUGGAAUGUUGAAGUAGAUGCCAAAUGUAUUAAUCAGUCUGUGCAUUCAGCAUAUCAGAUGCAGCUGGUCUCCUUUCAUAACACUUGGUUAUGAUGUGUAAAUGCCUGCUUGUAGAUAUUUUAACUAUUUUUAAUCAGUGAAAUGACCUGCAGCCAGCCAAAUCAGGAUAGCUAUGGUCAGAUAACCAUCAGUGAAUAUGACAAGUUCACUGAUACCAAGCCUAGCUGUACCUUCUCACUGAAGAAGCAAUACAUUUUUAUAGUGCGUGAGUGUGCGUGUCUGCGUGUGUGUGUGUGUGUAUGUGUGUGUGUGUGUGUGUGUGUGUGUGUGUGUGUGUGUGUGUGUGUGUGUGUGUGUGUGUGUGUGUCUUUGUGUAUAGGUAUGUGGUAUGUUUGAAUAUACUAGACUGCUAUUUUGAAAAAAAAAACAUUUUUAGUGUACAAACAGAAAACAUGUAUUGUAAUGUGUAUAUAUGUUAUGUUUUUUUAAUUCAUUGUUACAUAGUGUGUUUUGUAUGACACCUUAAUUGUACAUAACUCUUUAACCCUUUCACUUGAGGAGGGUAUCUCCUUGAAAUUUGGUAUUCCUAGAGCAAUUAAAUGCCCACAGUGUUUGACAUUCAUUAAAUAUUUACUUACACACGGUCACUAUUUUCAUACCAAACCAUUUUGUAUACCUGUGAUCAUAUCAAGACUUGCACACUUGGGAAACUGCUGACGGGCCUAAGUCACAUGGCUGGAGGGAAUGAUCUUUUAUGUUUGGUGCAGAGUACAUGCUAAGCUUCUGGAUCAUAGUUGUAAUAUACAUUCCCAGUUCUGUAACUUUGGAUUUGUAAAACCUAGUAUAUACCUGAUUUUAUUGUUUUUUAAAAUUUUUUCCAACAGAUAAUGAAUGCUUAGUGCCACAGUGUGUGUCUGUUAUGUGUUAAAGUGUUUAUUUAAGCUUAUCUUUUAGCAGAGCACCAUGGCCGUUGUGCAUUAGCAUUGCCUUUCCAUGAACUGAAAUAAUGACAUUAUAUUCUACAUCACUUAGUCAACUAUUUGUAGUUUUUCAGUAGCUACUAUAGUAGCUGUGGGACAACAAUCAGUAAUCUGUUUGGCAAGGAUAAAUCUAGGUGGUUGUAAGCCACUAUUCGUUUACAGAGGCAACAAACUUGGCCUUAAACAUUAAUGGAUAGUCUUUUAUUUUUGCUGGACUAUUCCAUAGCAUUUUGGAAAACUAGAAAUAGCUUAUGUUUUAAUAAUCUAUUGCAAAAGUCAGUAGGGUAGUAAGUAGAAUUGCAACUUAAUCCUCAGUAGUGUAUGCAGCACCACUAAGAUUCCCAGCUGAUCAAUUAUCAAAUUCUCACAAUGAAAGAGGUCUGUUAUUUUUUUUUUUCAAUACCUAAUUCAUUUUAACAUGAAUCUUGCACUGACCUGGAACACGUAUGCUAACUUUAAAGAUUCAUUGCUAUGAGGAGGUUAUUUUUUUUUUUGGGGGGGGGGGGUCGGGGUAGGUUAUUUAAAAAAAGUUCAUAAGGGGGUAAACCAUGCUGCUAAAUAAUUGUCAGCAUCAUUAUGGGGCUGUUCAUAAAAAUAAAAAUAAAAACUUUGGGGUUUAUUUAGAUAUAAUUAUCAAAGUUGGAAAAAUCUAGAAGAACUGAUGAUAAUCACCAGCUUUACCAUUCACAAAAUAAUUUUCUGUAUGUGUAUUUUUAGUGCACAUGUUUGUGGGGCUUACUGGUUUCCUGUCCUGUGUCUUCUAGUUCUACAUUUUUGCUAUUUACUCAUCACCUAAGUGCCAGAUUCCAAAAGAGUUGCCCUCAGUGUAAGUGUACCUCAGUUCAGAAAGAGUUGCCCUCCAUGUAAAGUGACUAACUUCAGUGUAAAACCUAUCUAUAAGCAGGCUUACACUGGGGGCCAGAUUCCAAAAGACCAGCUCUCAGUAUAAGUGGUCACUUACAUUGAGAGCAAGUCUUUUGGAAUCAGGCCGUAAAGUUUCUUUAGUUCUAUUGAACCUGCCCCCCCCCAAAAAAAAAAAUAACCUCCUCAUAGCAAUGAAGAUGAGUUCUGAAGAAUAAAAAACAGACAAGAAUUUUUUUUUUUUGGUCAGAGAGCUAUGGGAGCCUGGAAUAGCUUGCCAUAGGCCAUUGUCAUUAUGUUACGUAAAGAACAGUUUAAAAAUAAAUGUCUACAAAAUUGUUAGAAGUAUAAGCACAGUGUUGCAUAUAUAAUCCAAAUGCCAAAUGUCAGACUUAUCCAGUGCAAUAGCCAUGCUUAUGUAAGUGUAAGGUUCCAUGGCCUUGAAAUAUAUCUAUCGAUGCGCACACACAAACACACACACACACACACACACAUACAUAUAUAUAUAUAUAUAUAUAUAUAUAUAUAUAUAUAUAUACACGUGUUGUGUGGGGGGGCCCUAUCAGAAGCGCAAACAUCAAAAGACUACAUCAAGAAUAUUGAAAACCCAGAAGGUAACAAAACAAAAGCACAACACCUGCAUUUUUGCAGAAGGGCAAGCCCACCUGUAGCCCCUUCUAAUUAUAUAAACAAACUCUUUGAUCAUACUUCAGUGUGUUUGGGGCAGGUGACCUAUCAAGAAGCAAAAUGAAAUGUUUAUAUAAUUGAUUUUGCCAUCAUUCCCAGAUGGCCAAACCUGCCUGUGUCUGCCUUUCUGUCAGUGGAUGUUCCAUGUCUCUGGCCGAUGAAUCAUUUAUAUGCAUUGUUUUUGAGCACGGUACCCCUUUAUGUAGGCUGCUUUUUAUGUCCAGCCAAACUGUAGAAGGCCAUUUCAUUGUUUCUACAGUUAUUUCUGGUCUGUUGCUUUUAUAUACAGCUAGUUUUGCAUUGCCAUUGAAUAAAAAACAUAUUGAGGGUUUUGUUGUUACACUAAAUAUACAUUUCUGUCUAGAAUAAAAAGACACAUAUAUGAACAUGUUUAUGUAGUUAGAAUCAGGCAGUAAACAUUAAAAUGUUUACGUUUUUGACUUUUGCUACUCUAGGGCAGUUCACAAUUUAGUUGUAAUGCUUCCAAGGCAAUCAGUCAGAUAGGAUCUUCUGUGAUACAGCGUGGUGUAGAGUCUUAUCACUAUAGAGAAAUGUCUAGACUUUAGCAUGUUGUCUUAGAGAGCUUCCACAAGACCCACGCUGAGCUCUUGUCAUGUACACUCUGCCUCUGUACCAUUAAUGCACUCACUGAAUAAAGUACUGGCUGGUGUUAGUGGAGUUUCUUUUCUUAUUCCUUUUUGUGUAGGUAAUCACACUAGACUUAUAUGAGUCUUUUAAGCCUCUUCUAAACAGUUUGCUCAAAAUCACAGUGCAGUCCAGUGCAGUUUGUAUGACUCAAACCAAUGGGAUAGAGCUCGUUAGUAUAUUGUUCUUUAAAUUGCUUGGUCAUUCUGUUGGUGAACCAAGCAAUCAGCUCAGUCACUUGCUUCAUAUUACAACUUUUUACAGCUGUUGAAAUAGAAAACAUUUUAUUGUGUUCUACAGAAAUGUGAUGAGACCACGUGUGUGUGUGCGCGUGCGCGCGCGUGUGUGUGUGUGUGUGUGUGUAAGAUAGAUAGAUAGAUAGACAGAUAGAUAUAUGGAUAGAGUUGUUACAGGUACUACACAUACAGGGCACCAGUGGCUGGAAGAACCAAUGAAAAAAAAAUAAUAAUGAAGGCAUACUUGCAAUACACUGAGUGAAAGAAGCAGGGCUCAAGCUUCUACAGGUAGACUUUGAAA